GAAAAAUAAUUUUUGGUUGCCAGUAUACCUGUAGUCGUUGCACUGAUCAGUCGAUAGUUUUGUGAUAAAUUAUUUCUCAAGUGAAUUAAAUUAUUAACCAUGGGACGUGAUUCUAGAAAGGUUUCAAGAGAACUUCGGAGUUCUGAAAAAAUUAAUAAGUCGCGUUCAGUCAAAAGAAAGAAUGUUUUUAAUCCGAAAACAGCCGAACGUGAUGAAAGUAUUCAGAGUACAUCUUCUAAAAAAUUAAAACAAAACACUGAAGAUGAUGUACCUGAAGACAGCAGUACUGAAUUUCGAAUAAUAAAUUUUAUUCAGGUAUUCACUGCAAUUUCUGCUCUUAUAAAAUGUAAAAAAUGUGAUGGAAAUGUAGUGUUUCAAACAGCAAGUACACGUGGGCUGGGAUUCAAAAUUGUAGUUGCAUGUAAUAACUGUGGAAAUGAAUAUAUUCCUUCCUGUUGAAAAUAUGAAAUCUGCUAUAAUGGCAACCUUUUAUCACUACGGCUCGAGUGAUGAAAAACCGAAUCAUGAUAUGUGUCCAAAAGGCGAAGAAUCUUGGUGCUCUUACCAGCGCGCUGAAGCAAGAGGAGAGCUUGAUACCUUUUCUCACGAUUAUUCUCCUUUACCUUCUGAUGUUUUAAAAGCUAUCAAGCCUAUAUACGAAGAUCUUAGUAAUGAAAAUUUACUUUCAAGAUGUGUAGGUGGAUUCAAUCAGAAUAAUAAUGAAAGCUUUAACCAACUAGUAUGGAAAAUAUGUCCAAAAACGGUAAAUACUAGUUUUACUAUCGUACAAAUAGCUGCAUACGUUGCUAUGUGUAUAUUUAAUGAGGGUAUAAAUUCAUUAUUAGUCUUGAUGAAUACACUAGGACUUAAUUGUGGGCCUAAUUCUCAUCGGUAUGCAGAAAGAAUGGAUGCUGCACGUAUCAAAGUAGCAGAUAAGCGCGCUAAUGAUAACACCCGAGAAGGUCGAUUGCAACGUAGGCACCAGCAAAUCGAUAUUUUGGAAGCUGCUAUGUCGGCUGAAGAGCUAUUAUAUGGUCCAGGAAUAGAUGACUCAGUAUGAAUCUCCAAGGACUUAUGAUGAUCACCGCAAAGGACUUCGGGAGGAACGGGCUCUACAAAAACAGCGAUAACUUUUUGAAUUAUUAAUUUUUUUUUUUGAAAUUUUCGUGAAGUCAAAUCGAAACGUGUUCUAAUAAAGCUAUGUUUUUAUUUUUGUCAAAUAAAGUAAUUAACUACAAAAAAAA